UCGGCGGCCGCGGGACGCUUGCCGGCGCCCAGGACUUUGGGGUCGCGGGGAUCGGGCGCGGUGGGUUCUUUGCAGCCAGGGACCAUGGUGGUUCUCCGCAGCAGCGUGGAGCUGCAGAGCCGUUCGGCGACUUCCUCCGCUACGGACUCCUUGGACCUGUCGAACGACUUCCUCAGCUUGCCCAGCAGCGGCGGCCGGAGGCGGCUGCGCUCGGCCCGCGCCGCGGACAAACCCGUCGUCCCCGCAGCCGCGGCGGCCGAUGGAUUGUCGGUAAAGAAAAUUGAAAUCUACCAUCAGAGACAUUCUUUAAGAUCUUUGAGAAAAAAUGCACAGACUUCUUCAGAUUCUAGUUUUGAUAAGAAUAUGGAAAGAACAGAGAAACACACGAACAGCAGGCAUUUUACAAGGCAGUUGGCUAGACAGCAGGCUGAUAAAAAAAAAGAAGAGUGCAAAGAAGAUAAAGCGAUUCCAAUUACUCACUCACUGAGGACAAGAAACAUUGCUAAGAGCACAGAACACUUGCAUGAAGAGAACGGAGAUGGUGAAGUUCGCCGUAGUUGUAGAAUUAGAAGUCGAUACGGCACCGUGAACCAGUCUGUGCUCUUUGACAAACUAAUAACAAACACUGCUGAAGCUGUACUUCAAAAAAUGGAUGAUAUGAAGAAGAUGCGUAGACGGCGAAUAAAAAAGCUUGAAGCCUUGGAAGCAUUUGAUGAAACAAAAGAAAGCAAUCUGACUAUGUACACAAGAAGAAAACAAAAUGGCAUUCAACAAGCUGAUGAAGAAACAACUGACAACCAAGAAGAUAGUGUGGAAUCAUCUGAAGAGGGUGAAGAGCAGGAAGAAGAUGAAGAUGAUGAUGAAGAUGAAGGUGAAGAUGAAGACGAUGGUGAAGAUGAUGGUGAGGACGAAGAUGAAGGUGAAGAUGGUGAAGGAGAUAACCAGAAACGAUACUAUCUCAGGCAGAGAAAAGCAGCUGUUUACUAUGAGGCUCCAUUGGAAAAACCUCGUCACCAGAGAAAGCCCAACAUGUUUUAUGGUGGCUCUGCUUCUCCUGCAAGACGAAGAUAUCGAUUAUCAUCUACAGGGCCAAGAAGUCCUUACUGUAAAAGAAUGAACAGGCGAAGGCAUGCAAUUCAUAGCAGCGAUUCUACUUCUUCAUCAUCUUCUGAAGAUGAGCACUUUGAGAGGCGAAGAAAAAGGAACCGAAAUAGAGCUAUUAAUAGGUGUUUACCACUAAAUUUUCGGAAAGACGAAAUAAGAGGAAUUUGUAAAGAUCGAAUGAAAAUUGGAGCAAGCCUUGCUGAUGUUGAUCCAAUGCAACUUGAUUCUUCAGUACGAUUUGAUAGUGUUGGUGGCCUGUCCAGUCAUAUUGCAGCUCUAAAAGAGAUGGUUGUAUUUCCAUUACUGUAUCCAGAAGUGUUUGAAAAGUUUAAAAUUCAACCCCCAAGAGGUUGUUUAUUUUAUGGUCCACCUGGAACUGGAAAAACCCUAGUUGCUAGAGCACUUGCCAAUGAGUGCAGUCAAGGGGAUAAGAGAGUUGCAUUUUUCAUGAGGAAAGGUGCUGACUGUCUGAGUAAAUGGGUAGGGGAAUCUGAAAGACAGCUACGAUUGCUAUUUGAUCAGGCAUAUCAGAUGCGCCCAUCAAUCAUUUUCUUUGAUGAAAUUGAUGGUCUGGCUCCAGUACGAUCAAGCAGACAAGAUCAAAUUCACAGUUCAAUUGUUUCCACCCUGCUAGCUCUUAUGGAUGGGUUGGACAACAGAGGAGAAAUUGUGGUCAUUGGUGCUACCAACAGACUAGAUUCCAUAGACCCUGCUUUGCGAAGGCCUGGUCGCUUUGACAGAGAAUUUCUUUUCAGCCUACCUGAUAAAGAUGCUCGAAAAGAAAUUCUGAAGAUUCAUACAAGAGAUUGGAAUCCCAAACCUUUGGACUUAUUUCUAGAAGAACUAGCCGAAAACUGUGUUGGGUACUGUGGAGCAGACAUGAAGUCAGUGUGUACCGAAGCGGCUCUGUGUGCGCUACGUCGACGUUACCCACAGAUCUACACCACUAGUGAGAAGCUGCAGCUGGAUCUCUCUUCAGUUAACAUCUCAGCUAAGGAUUUUGAGGUAGCUAUGCAGAAGGUGAUGCCAGCCUCCCAGAGAGCUGUGGCCUCGCCUGGGCAGGCACUGUCUCCCAUUGUGAAGCCUCUCCUGCAAAGCACUGUUCACUUGAUCUUGAAAGCCCUGCAGAAGGUAUUUCCGCAUGCAGAAAUUGGAACAAACAAAGCUUUAAACUCAGAUGUUUCUUGUCCUCUUCUGCAAAGUGACGUGGCAUUCAGUGACGACGAUGCACCAUCAGUGUUUGAAAAUGGACCUGCUCCAAAAUCCUUGAGUAAGACAGGAGAAAAUUUUCUGCAUUUGAAUAGAAACGCCUGUUACCAACCUAUGUCUUUUCGACCAAGAAUACUGAUAGUGGGAGAGCCAGGAUUUGGACAGGCUUCUCACUUGGCCCCAGCUGUCAUCCAUGCAUUGGAAAAACUUACUGUGUAUACAUUAGACAUUCCUGUUCUUUUUGGAGUCAGUGCUACAACCCCUGAAGAAACAUGUGCUCAGAUGAUUCGUGAAGCAAAGAGAACAGCCCCGAGUAUAGUCUAUGUUCCACAUAUCCACUUGUGGUGGGAAAUAGUUGGACCAACACUCAAAGCGACAUUCAUCACAUUAUUACAGAACAUUCCUUCAUUUGCCCCAGUUUUACUACUUGCAACUUCAGACAAACCCUAUUUUGCACUGCCAGAAGAGGUACAAGAAUUGUUUACCCAGGAUUGUGGGGAGAUUUUUAAUGUCCAGUUACCAGGUAAAGAAGAAAGAACAAAAUUUUUUGAAGAUUUAAUUCUAAAACAAGCUGCUAAGCCUCCUGUAUCAGAAAAGAAAGCAGUUUUGCAGGCCUUGGAGGUACUCCCAAUUGCACCACCACCUGAGCCAAGGCCAUUGACAGCAGAAGAAGUGAAAAAACUAGAAGAACAAGAAGAAGACACGUUUAGAGAACUGCGGAUUUUCUUAAGAAAUGUCACACAUAGGCUUGCUAUUGAUAAGCGAUUCCGAGUUUUCACUAAGCCAGUUGAUCCUGAUGAGGUUCCUGAUUAUGUCACUGUAAUAAAGCAACCGAUGGACCUUUCAUCUGUAAUCAGUAAAAUUGACUUACAUAAAUAUCUGACCGUGAAAGACUAUUUGAGGGAUAUUGAUCUGAUCUGUAGUAAUGCUUUAGAAUACAAUCCAGAUAGAGAUCCUGGAGAUCGUCUUAUUAGACACAGAGCCUGUGCUUUAAGGGAUACUGCAUAUGCAAUAAUUAAAGAAGAGCUUGAUGGAGAUUUUGAGCGGCUGUGUGAAGAAAUUCAAGAAUCUAGAAAGAAAAGAGGUUGCAGCUCCUCCAAAUACGCACCAUCCUACUAUCAUGUGAUGCCAAAGCAAAAUCCUAGUCUUGGUGGCGAUAAAAAGUCAGAUCAAGAACAGAGCGAGAAGCUAAAGGCAGCCAGUGCUCCUGUGGCUUGCAGCACACCUGCUCAGUUGAAGAGAAAAUUUCAUAAGAAAUCAAAAUGGAGCGUAGGGUCCAAAGCAAAGCGAAGAAGAAUAUCACAGGCAAAAGAUGAGAGCCAGAAUGCUCAGGAAGAGCCGACCAGGAGUGAUGGGGAGGAGGCGCAGGCUGCAGGCCUAGACCACCACGAGCCUCGAAACAUGGGCGAGUCUUCAGUGGAGGACAGCGAGAGGCAGCACAGUGCCUCUGAAAGCAAAAUAGACUUGGGAAAUAAUUCAGAUACUUCCAUUAUUGAGAAUGAACUUGAAGAAUCAAGGAAAACCAUAGAAAGUACGGAACUGAACACAGAGCAUUGCAACGGAGACGCUUCCAGCUCUCAGGCCCUAGACACACCUGAUGAGAGGGAAGCACAAGAAAUGUGUAUUCUGCGAAUGACUCGAGCUAGACGUUCCCAGGUAGAGCAACAGCAGCUUGUCAGUGUUGAGAAGGCUUUGGCAAUUCUCUCUCAGCCCGUGCCCUCGCUGGUGGUGGACCAUGAGCGGUUAAAUGCUCUUUUGAAGACUGUUGUUAACAAAAGUCAGAAAUAUAAUAUAUUUCAACUAGAAAAUUUGUAUGCAGUAAUCAGCCAGUGUAUUUAUCAGCAUCGCAGGGACUAUGAUAAAACAGCACUUAUUCAGAAAAUGGAGCAAGAAGUAGAACACUUCAGCUGUGCCAGAUCAUGAUGCCGUUGCAAUCAAGUGUUUAUAUCCAUUAUCUAUUUAAUUAACUUCUGACAUGUCUGCAUCACUGACUGAUACAAGAGGAACAGGUUAAAACAGUAAAAUAAAAGUAUUUAAAAUUUCUGCUAUUUAUGUACAUGUGUAAGAUAACUGAUAAAUAUUGGAAACUUGUUUCAACAAAAUACCUAUGAUAAUUGUAAUAGUUGAAGUUUGGCCAGAUCUUAAUAAAGCUAUUUUGAUAACUGUU